CGUCUUGACCUCGCACCUCCCCAGUUUGCUAUCGCUAGGCUUUGAAGUUUGAAUCCCAUGUCUGCGCGAGACCGUCCUCAAGCAACGCGCAUCACCUCUUACCAUGGCGCAAAACGUAAUCUCCUCGGAAACCAAGCUGGAAAUGUGCCACCUGCAUGGCGGGAGAGCAAGGACAAGCAGAAAGAACGAGGAAGCAAAAUUUUGCUCAGUAGGCUCCCUGUAGAUGUUGGAGAAACAGAAGUCGAAGAACUAUUCAAGAAGACCAUUGGUCCUCUGAAAGAGUGUUUCGUGAUAUACAAUACACAAGGGCGCUCGAAAGGGAUGGCGGUCAUAACGUUUCAGCGCCCAGGAGAUGCAGUCGCAGCUCGUGCAAAAUAUGAUGGUAAACUCAUCGAUGGUAGACGUCCCAUAAAGAUCGAAAUAAUUGUAGAUUCGGAUGAUGCCGCGGGGUCUACGCCUGCGCCUGCAAUUCCUUCGUUACUAGGACGCAUCGGGAAGGUCGCGGGGGCUCCGAAGAGUAGCCUUCUUGCUCCUCAGAGCCAAGUAUUGAACAUAAAUGUUUCGCCCGUCGCCCCUCAAAAAAUUGUAGUAACACCGCGCACUGUCCAGACUGCUGGAACGAAGGCUGUGUCGAGGCGCCGCAAGAAGAAAGGCCCACGACGCCUAAAUAAGACAAAUGUUGCCGAAAAGUCACUUGCUCAACUCGACCAGGACAUGGAGGAAUACAGGGCUGGCGCUGGCGGUCAUACAGAGAAUAUUGACCGGUAGUUGAUGCGUCUUUCCUUGGGAAGUCUGGCCGAGCGUAUUAUUGACCCCUCCACCUAUAUUGGUAGCCCUAUAUCCUGAUUUUUUUUCUGCGCAAAGACUUAUUGAAACAUUCAACAUCCA